UGGAAUACUGUAAAAACAAAGAAAUGGGUGUGUACUAGUACAGACCAAGAUCUAUUGUAAUGGCUGAACCUUUCUCUACUCGUUAUGCUCGCGUGGUUCUCUUUGGAGACUCCAUCACACAGUUUGGAUACUCGUUAUCUGAGCAGGGAUGGUGUGCUGCUCUGGCCAGCCGCUUCCAGAGACGAGCUGACAUAAUACACAGAGGUUUCUCAGGCUACAAUACGCGUUGGGCCAAAGCACUCCUACCCAGCCUAGUCAAUGCUGACAAUGUCCCCGAGUUUAUUGUCAUAUUCUUUGGAGCCAAUGAUGCCGCCACUGACGACCACCAACAUGUUCCUCUGAGCGAAUAUAGAGACAAUCUAACGGCAAUGUGUCAGUAUCUGUUUGGUUUGGGCAUGCCCGGUAGCUCUGUUCUGCUUGUGACCCCUCCCCCUGUACAUGACGAAGACUGGGAGGCCAUGUCGGGUAUCCAUGGUAAUCGUACCUUUGCCAAGGCGCAGCAAUAUGCCAGUGCUGUGAUGGAGGUUGGUGCUUCACUCGGAGUGGGUGUGGUUAACGUGUUCAGGGAGAUAGCAAAGAAGAAGGAUUUCAGAGAAUGUCUAAUGGAUGGGUUGCACCUUGGUGACCAUGGCAACGAGAUAUUGGCGGAGAUGGUGAUAGCAGUACUGGAAGAGAGGCUGACAGGAUGGAACCCAGUGUUCCCAGACUGGACGGAUAUCGACUCCAAGAGCUAUCCCCAACAGUUGAGGGCAAACCUUUGAACUCUAUAUAUAGAGAUCACAGUCAAGCUCCCCUCUAUUGAGAGUUCAAAGGUCACGGCUAAACAGGCUGGCAAAGAUGAAGGACAGAAAGUGCCAGACAGUCGCAAGUUAACUCGAGCAACAGCCUUCAUAUCACGGCUUCAAUUAGGC